AUGCCUGCCAAAACUGAUGCUGCUGCUGAGUUUUACCCUGAUGAACCAACUGGUCCAAUCUUGGUAAAAUCAAACACUAAAAAUGUACAAGAAAAAGAAAGCUUAGGUGAAAUCAUGGAUACCAAAUCUGUUAUGUUUGUUUGUGAUUACAAGAAGUCCAUUGGUAAUUAUCUUGCUGAUGUUGAUGGAAAUGUUUAUUUAGAUGUUUUACAACAAAUUGCUUCAAUUGCCCUUGGUUACAAUAAUCCUAUCUUAAAACAAGUUGCUUCAAGUCCAGAUAUGGUUGAUGCUUUGAUCAAUAGACCAGCUUCUACUAGAUUACCAUCUAACUUCUACGCUAGAGCCAUUAAGAAUAUCUUAAAAGGUAGUCCAAAAGAUCAAGAUAAAGUUUGGAUCUGUUUAAGUGGUAGUGAUGCUAAUGAUAAUGCUUUGAAAGCUGCUUUCAUGCAUUACAAAUCUAAACAAAGAGGUUAUGAUGCUGCAUUCACUGCUGAAGAAAUGGAAUCUGUUAUGUCAGCUAAAGCUCCAGGUAACCCAGAUUUAGCUGUUUUAUCAUUCAAAGGUGGUUUCCACGGUAGAACUAUUGGUUCCAUCUCAUUAACUGCUGCUAGAGCUUAUCAUAAAGUUGAUCUCCCAGCUUUCAACUGGCCAAAAGGUGAAAUGCCAAAUUUGAAAUAUCCUUUAGAUAAAUAUGAAAAGGAAAAUGCUGAAGAAGAAGCUAGAGCUUUAGAAAAAGUUGAAGAAAUUUUUAAAACUUGGAGAUGUCCAAUUGCUGCUGUUGUUAUAGAACCAAUCUUAUCAGAAGGUGGUGAUGUUCACGCUUCAGCUAAAUUCUAUCAAGGUUUAAGAGAUAUUACCUUGAAAUAUGGUUCAUUAUUGAUCUUUGAUGAAGUUCAAACCGGUUUUGGUGCUACUGGUAAAUUAUGGGCUCAUGAACAUUUUAAUUUAACCACUCCUCCAGAUAUGGUCACUUUCUCCAAGAAAGCUCAAGCUGCUGGUUUCUUCUAUCAUGAUGCUCAAAUGAUGCCAAAAGAUGCCGCUAGAAUGCACAACACUUGGUGUGGUGAUCCAGCCAGAGUUUUAAUUGCUGAAGGUAUUGUCAAUACUAUUUUAGAAUAUGGUUUGGUUGAAAAGACUAAGGAAGUUGGUGAAUACUUAUUCCCUAAAUUAGAAAAAUUAGCCGAAAAAUAUCCUGAAUUAAUGUUAAACCUUAGAGGUAAAGACAGAGGUACCUUCAUUGCUUGGGAUUUACCUGAUGGAGAUUGGAGAAUUAAAUUCUUCGCUGCUGCUAGAUCAGUUGGUUUAAAUAUUGGUGGUGGUUAUUUAAGAACUGCUAGAUUAAGACCAACCUUAACCUUCAACAAAUCUCAUGCUGAUGUUGCUGUAGAAUUAUUAGAUAAGACUUUUGAAAUCUUGUCAAAGGAAUAA